AUGGCGCAAGCAAACAUAAUCACCUUUAACAUCGGCGCAUUCAUCUCCACCCUUUUCCUCCUCGAAUCCGGCGCCGAUAAAUUCAUCGCUCACGCAGCCGCCCUCGCAAGCCGCAUUGGCAUUUCCGAAGUGACAAUCGGACUCGUCACCGCAGGCGCAGAAUGGGAAGAACUCGCAGUUGUCGUCGCGUCGCUGGCGCAGGGCCGACCAUCCCUGGCCAUGGGCAACGUCAUCGGCUCGGCCAUCUCCAACAUCCUGGGCGCCUUUUCGCUUGGCCUGCUGUGCUUUGAAGGAGAAGGAAUCGAGUUUGAUAGAAGCGCGAGGAUUUAUUCCCUUUUGACGGCUGUGUUGACGACGUUGGUGGUGCCGGUCGUUUACUUCCCGAACGGGAUUGUUUGGCUGGUUUGCGGACCGCUUCUGGUUGUUGUGUUUGGCAUGUACUUUUUGUUUGUGGCUGUGGCGAUUGGGCGGGGGGUGCUUGCUGCGCCGCAAGACUCAGACAGCGAAAGCGAUGAUGAUGAUGAUGAUGAGGACGAUGCAAGUUCUGUGGGCAGCACGACAGGCCUCCUCGCGGAUGGCUCAACUCUGAGGGCGAGGCAACGCCGCAAUCACCACCAGCUGCUGUAUCACGGACUCUACCUCGUCUUUGGCUUCCUCGCCAUCUGCCUCGCCGGCUAUGUCCUCUCCCAAGCAGCAAUCAACACCAUCGACCAGCUGCACACCUCCGACAUGCUCUUCGGCAUCGUCGUCCUCGCCAUCGCCACGACGCUCCCGGAGAAGUUCAUCGCCGUCAUGAGCGGGCGUCGCGGGCAUCCGGGGAUCCUCGUCGCAAACUCUGCGGGCAGCAACGUCUUUCUCUUGACUCUCUGCUGCGGCAUCAUCAUGAUGGACGCAGACGCAGAGGGGGGCUUGGGCAGAGAGAAUGUGACGAUGGCGGAAUUGGCUGUUUUGUGGGUGUCGACGGCGCUGUUUGCGGGGACGGUGUGGUUUGGGGGCCGGGUAUCGAGAUGGAUUGGCGGAGGGAUGGUUUUGGGGUAUGUUGGGUUUAUUGUGCUGGAGGUUGCUGUGGUUCACAAGGUUGGGGACUGA